AUGCCCUCCCAAUCCAGUGUCACACCCUCUGGUACACGCCCUCUCCCCUUUUCCCGUUCUCAUGCUAACAACGCUUCAUUGCUCCCCUCUCCAGAUUUUUCAGCUUUGAUGGCUGCUCUUGCCAACCUCAACCUGUCAGCAGGUGGUGCUACUUUGUCGACCAUGACCAUGACAACAACUUCUAACACACUCCAUCUUCCAGCCUCGAAUACUAUUAGGGGUACCUCGACCCUUCCAGUGGUGGCACCUCCUCCAGUAACUGCAGCCAGCACCGUGACCGUCGGGACCCCUAGCACGACCAGCAGCAUUACCAUUACCACCCCCACCCCAUCGACUGUGGGUUCUACACCUGCAGCGAUGACAAUGAUGACAACCCCUUCCCAUGCUAAAUGCCUGGUGUAUUGUAUCCCAAGGCCUGAAGACCUUCCUCGUCCCCAAAAUGUUUGGCCCCCUCAGAAUAAUUUCUAUGUCAUUACUUCGGGCCAGGAAGUCAGCCUGUUUUUUACCUGGUAUGUUCAUUUUUCCCUUCCUAGCAUCUUUAGCUCACCGGAGCAUCAGGAAUGA